AUGUGUCAAGUGGCACGGUGCAAGGGCAGGAGGGACAGCUGGGUGCUGGCCACCCCACACCGUGCAGCCCCCUUACCCAGCCCUGCUCCCCCCUCCGUCCCAGGCCACCUCGAUCCCAGCAGCCACCAAAGGGUCCUCAUGAAAACUGGCCUCAUCCUCCUCAUCAUCGGGCACCUCAACUUCAUCGCUGGUGCCCUGGUCCACGGCACUGUCCUCCGCUUCGUGGUUGACCCCCGGGAUGCCAUUUCCCUGCAGUAUGUCAUCGCCAACGCUGCCUCCGUCAUCUCCGCGCUGCUGACCAUCUCCUGCGGAAUAGCUGCCCUCAUGCUGUCCCGCUGCCUCGCCCCCACCACCCUGAAAUGGGCAGUUUUCGCCCUGAGCACCAGCAGCAGCCUGGGCUGCCUGUCCUGCCUGCUGGGGCUGGCUGUCUCCAUCGGGCUGACACUGGGCACGCAGGGUCGGGCGCUGCUGGCCCCCUGCCCCAUCGCUGGCAUUGCCCUGGUCUCCCGCGAGUGCCCCUUCGAUCCCACCCGCGUCUACAGCUCCACGCUGUGCCUCUGGGCCAUCUCCCUCCUGCUCGACUCGAUGGAGAUCAUCUUCAGCAUCCGCUGCCUCCUGCUCACCGUUGACCUCCUCCACCUCGGCUGCUGCUGCCACGGGGCGCACCGGAGGAAGGUGACGCCUGGUCCCCAGGCUCAGCACCGACCCACUUCCAUGCAGGGCUGGGAUGGACCUGGCUGGGCUCGGGAGCACCCGGGUGGGGGUAAGAUUUGGCAACCUGAAGGUCUCAUCCCCCCACUCUCGUUCUCAUCAUCCCCUCUGCCUUGCAGGUCUCCUUGCAGGCAGCCCCUGCGGAGAGCCCGGACGCUGGGCAGUGCCUGGGUUUGCUGAGGCUGGACAGUGUGGAAACUGCCUGGCUCUGAGCGGGACCCAAGGGGUGACCCCACGGAUGUGCCCCUGCCAGCCCUGCACCGUCCCAGCGCCCACACAGGCCCAUGACAGGACCCAGCUGCCCCCCAGCCUGGCUACUGGGCGAACGCAUCACCUGGACACCACCAGCCAAGACACAUGAGCC